CGGGGGUGCCUCCCCAGCCAUGUCGUUCCGGAAGGUGGUGCGGCAGAGCAAAUUCCGGCACGUGUUCGGGCAGCCGGUGAAGACGGAGCAGUGCUACGAUGACAUCCGCGUGUCCCGCGUCACCUGGGACAGCACCUUCUGCGCCGUCAACCCCUCCUUUGUCGCCAUCAUCGUGGAGGCCAGCGGCGGCGGCGCCUUCCUCGUCCUCCCCCUGCACAAGACCGGCCGCAUCGACAAGUCGUACCCCACCGUGUGCGGCCACACGGGCCCCGUCCUCGACAUCGACUGGUGCCCCCACAACGACCACGUCAUCGCCAGCGGCUCCGAGGACUGCACCGUCAUGGUGUGGCAGAUCCCGGAGAACGGACUGAGCCAGCCGCUGACGGAGCCGGUGGUGGUCCUGGAGGGCCACUCCAAGCGCGUCGGCAUCGUCACCUGGCACCCCACGGCCCGCAACGUGCUGCUCAGCGCAGGCUGUGACAACGUGGUGCUGAUCUGGAACGUGGGCACGGCGGAGGAGCUGUACCGGCUGGAGGGGCUGCACCCCGACCUCAUCUACAGCGUCAGCUGGAGCCGCGACGGCUCCCGCUUCUGCACCGCCUGCAAGGACAAGAGCGUCCGUGUCAUCGACCCCCGCCGCGGCACCGUGGUGGCUGUGAGUGUCCCUGCCCCCCCGGGGUUCUACAAGCUGCACGAGCGCAAGUGUGAGCCCAUCAUCAUGACGGUGCCAAGGAAGUCGGACCUGUUCCAGGACGACCUGUACCCGGACACGGCGGGCCCGGAGGCGGCCAUGGAGGCGGAGGAGUGGGUGGCGGGGCGCACGGCGGGGCCGGUGCUGGUGUCCCUGCGCCAGGCCUACGUGCCCCCCAAGCAGCGGGACCUCAAGGUGAGCCGGCGGGCGCUGCUGCACGACGGCCACGCCACCGCCGCCGCCGGAGCCGCCACCACGCCGACCCCCGCGCCCCCCGCCGCCCCCGCGCCCGCCCGGCUCAGCGCGCCCCCGGCACUGGGAACGCUGGGAACGCUGGGAACCGGCACCGCCACGGGGGGCCGGCUGGAGGAGGUGCUGCAGGAGGUGGCGGCGCUGCGGGCGCUGGUGGCCGAGCAGGGCCAGCGCAUCGACCGCCUGGAGGAGCAGCUCAGCCGCCUCGAGAACGGCCACGUCUAGGGACCCCCUCAGGGACCACCGCCCCAGGGACCACGCCUGCGCCCCAGGGACCCCCUACCCCGCACCCUCCCACCCCUGGGGUGCCCCCUCACCCCGCUCUGGGUCCUUCUCCCCUUGGGGGGCUCCCCUCCCCCCAUUGCCUUACUGGGUGCUGCCCCCCUCCCCAAAUCAUGGACCAUUCCCACCCCCGUGUCCUCGGGCUGGGGGUUGCUCCUGGGAUCAAACAUUGCCCCCUGCACCCCCCAGUCCCUGCGUGGGGUGUCCUGCCCCUCUUCCUACGGGGCAGGGCAUGAUCUGACCCCUACAACUGUGAAAUAUUGUCCCCCCUAUAUUUUGGGGGCUUUCCCCCCCCCCGCCUCCCCCUUCCUCCUCCUUAUCGUGUUCCCUCCUCCAUUCCAGUGCAGGGUCAAAAACUAUAUUUUCACUCCAAAUAAAGGAUU